AUGCCGAAGAGAAAGAACGGCGGUAGCAGUGGCGGACCUCCUGCUAAAAAGCCUCGCCAGGAUGAUGAGGACGAGGUGGACGAGGUAGCCGACGACUUCUUCGAAAUUAAGAGCAUCAUCGGCGAGAGAGUCAACGAAUACCGUGUCGACUGGCAAGACAUUGGCUCCAAGAAGUUCACGCCCACCUGGGAGCCCAAGGAGAACGUCACCGACGCCGCUAUCGAGGAAUGGGAAGGAAAGAAGAGGCUGAAAGAGCAGAGAAAGAGCGAGGGUACAGCCGACAAGGGAAAGGGCAAGGUUAGAGACACAGCUGGUCCUUCGUCGGGCAGUUUCAUCCAGUUCGACAGCGACGAGGAGGAUGACUCCAAAGACACGCAGCGCCCUUCGAAGCCUGCUGCUUCUGCGUCUAGACAACCCGUCACGUUGAAGCUCAAGAAGCCUGUCAAGCUCGUCACCGAGACCGCCGAAUCUGCACCCAACUCACCUGAGCCUCCUGAGAAGAAACCCGGAAGGCCGAGCAAGUCUGCAACCAGACCACAAUCCGAGGAAGACGACGAUGACGACGACGGUGAUGUCGUUCUGAUGGAAGUCACCAAGCCUGUCAAGCGUGGUCGUGGUAGACCUAGAAAGUUAUUACCAGAGAUCGGUCGUCAGAAAGAGCAGGAUGACGAAGACGUCCAGUUCUUCAACCAGCCUGCUGGACCUGCCAAAUCGAGCCCUCUGCAGCCAUCCAACCGUCAGAAAGCGAUACAAGACGACGGCGAGGUAGCCAGCUCAGCUCCGUUGAAGAGAGGUCCUGGAAGGCCCAGAAAGAGUCUGCUGUCCAGGUCUACAGAGCAGUUAGACCAGCAAUCUGAGAAGCGCAAGCCUGGUCGGCCGAAGAAGUUGUCUCGCGCCACGCUCGAUUCUUCUGACGAAGACUCGAACGACAAAUUGUCCAGAAUACGGCGCAAAUCUGGCCCCCAACGCACGCCUGUCGUGCCCAUCUCGAUUGAGAUGUUUGAUAUUCCCGACGAUGAUGCUCCCAUCCAAGUUUCAGAGGCACGCACAGCACGUGUUAUACCAGAGUCUUCCAAUGAAGGUGCUGAAGACGUCCCGCAGACGUCUCGCCAACACAUCCAGCCCAACACUGCGCCGGUUGCAGUUGGUAAUCCAUCGACUCCAGCUGGUGCAGCUCGUCCCGAUGAAGCUGGCACCACCGAAGUCGAGGAAAGCGACCUUGAUUCUGCUGCCGCACAAUUGCAGCGCGAGACACGAUCAGCUCACAAACAACUGCCUGUCGAUGUCGAACAAGCAUCGAGGGAGCUUGAUGAAGACGAAGAUGAAGAAGUUAGCGACUUCCACUCAUCUCAGGUUCUCAGAGGUACUCAACAAGAGCCGGUUGAUCAUGAAGAGCAGAGCACGAGCUUUGUUGACGCGGAAGAAUCGGCUGCUCUAGUCGAUAUUAUCGCUAUUUCCUCGAGUCUUGACAACGUUGAUGAUUCCACGGCAAUGGUAGACGCCGCUGCGGCUUCGAGCCUCUCUGCAAAAAACUCGCCCUAUGAACCAGGCACCACCACUGGAUCAACACUCACUUACAGCUCGAUUAACAGCUCGUCAGGCGUACACACAAUGCCAGUCCCGGUUGCGAUUUCUCGCCGCUUCGCUGCUGGUGUCGUGAUUCCAGACUCACAGAGCCACUUGGACGGAACCAGUCUUCAUCUUUCAGAACCUCAGAUCGAGCAAGUUGACAUAUCGAUGAGAGAUGUCGAGGACGUCGAAGAUGUUGAAGACGAUCCUACCGAAAGUCAGAUCGUGAUCGAGGGCAAUGCUGAGCAGGGCUCUAUUCCUGAGAGCAGCGUGGUACAGGUACAGGUACAGAUGUCAGAGGAUGCUCCGCAGCCGAACGUCGCUACUCAGAGCGAGCCAUCACUGGAUGCAACAAUCGGAAACAUUAUCAACCCGGAACCUAUUCUCAUUGCGGUAUCAAGCCCUGUUGCUCAAGUAUCUGAGCAAAUUCUUACGCGUUCUGUUUCGCCGGCAUCUGAAGUUGCUGCGCGUUCCAGCUCAACCUCAUCGGCACCACCUACAGAGGUCCCCGAUAAAUCGACACAGACGGACUCUCAGCAAUUUGGUGAUUCCCAAUCGCAGCAGGAGGACGAGAUCUCGUUUCAGUCACAACCGAAUACUCCCCGUGCUCUCAACCAACAAAUCGGCCAAAACACAGCAUCCGUCGAAGUGACCACCCAGCAAAGUCACGUGGAACAAGCCGCCCAGCUGGUCUCCUUCCAACAACAACAACAGAACCAACCACCCCCGACACUUGAGUUUGCGGUGCGCAGUUCUGCAGAGGAUUUGACCACAUCUUCUUCGACUGGACUUCUGACUCAAGUGCCUCAACUUCCUGUGCAGAGAGGACCCACCCUGGUCGCGUCUGUUCAAGACACCUUGACAAGUCAAUAUCAGAAACCACCAUCUGCUGAUUCAUCAAGCCCCAUUCCUGCCAUUCCAUCGCAGUUCUCGGGCACUAUUGGUGAAUCUGCCCCCUCUCCAAUUCGUGCUCACACACCGAACUCCAACAUGAGUGGUCCUCCUAGACGUACCACAAAAGAGCGAGUGGACGCCAUGAGAGCUGCUGUUAAGUUAAGAUUUGAGGCUGAAGAGAUUCGCAUUGCCGCCGAGGAAGCCGCCGCGGAAACCGCUGAGCAAGCCGCUGAGCAAGCUGCUACGCGCACAGCACCCGCCAUGAGUCUCUCAAUCCCCAGUGUCUCCUCGCCUAAGCCUGCAUCCGCUGUGCCUGCAAGACUGAUGUCGCCUGCUGUUACUGAUCGUGAGGUUCGUUCCCCUUCGACUGUUCCUCCUGUCGAGAUUAUACCUGAGCAGGCACCCGAGGAGUACUCGCGCUCAGAGCGCUAUGAGACCUUGCUCCCUGGUCAAGAGCCUCAGAUCAACGCAUCGCGCGCAUAUGUCUCACAGGAUCUUGAUAUGCCGGACGCCUCUGUUGUUGAUCUUGACCACAACCAGCACUUGGUCUCACUGGAUUUCGGUACACUUCAGAGGUCCUAUUACAAGGGUGUCUUCGGCGAUUGCAAGAGCUUCGUCGACGAAUUCACCUUGCACAAAGUCUGGCCCGCUGAAACUGGUCUUGCGUAUGAAGCUCGUGCCUUCAUUCAUCGUCUCCACAACUACGUCAACCACCCUGACCUUGAGAAUGUCGGCACCUUCGAUUCCACCCAAGCCAGUCCAGCUACGCAGGCGGAGUGGGACGAGAGCAUCAGUUCCAAGUUCAGAUUUUUGAAGACUCUACUGGACGCUGCAAAGCGUCACAACUUGCACCUUGCCUUACUCGUCGAGCCUGGAAGACUUGCUGGUAUUCUUCAGAACUUCUUGCAAGCCACCAAUAUUAUGUACAACGUGAUUGAUGGCGAGAACAACGUAGUAAACCAGAGUUCAACCGCCACCAUGUUGUUGACCACCGUCACAACUGCUGUUGACAUGCCGUUGUUGGACAUGGACAUGAUCGUCGUCCUUCCUGGAAGUUUGUCUGACGAAACCAUUACCCGCACCCAGAAGAUGCUCUCGCAUAACACGCUCGUGCCGACCAUCUCUCUUGUGGUUCCCUUCACGAUCGAACAUGCCGAACGCUGCCUUUCCUCGACAGUUUCCGAGUCAGAACGUCUUCACGUACUUGUCAGCACCACCACAGGUGAGAGGCUGAACGCUGGCUGGCAGAAUGGCGGUAACGAGUCGGACUUCAGUCGCAAGGCAUCAGACAUCAUUGCAUGGAUUCUGAACCCUGCAGAGUCAGACUGGCCGCUCUAUGGUCUGCCUGAAAUGAAGCUGAUCGAAGCCAUACCCAGUCAACCCAGUUCCGAAGAUGAGCUCGCAAUCAACGGCGACUCUAACAAACGCCAACUUGACGCCCCCGAGGUACCUUUGGCAAAGAAAGCCCGCGUCGAAGAGUCACUCCCUUUGACCAUCAACCCUAAUGACAUGCAUCUCCCAUCCGGUGAGAUUCCUCACUCGCAUAUUAGCGAUUCUGUGCCAGCCUCUCAGCAUGCCUCGACCCUCCAGGAACUCAACCGUGCUCGGCAGCAGGUCUCAGAUUGGGCUCAGGAUAUGGAGAAGCAACAGUUCAACUGUGAAGAACAGCGUGCUCAGAUGGUUCAAGCUCAAAAGGAGCGCAACGAAGCCCUCGAGAGUGUGCAAAGAGUGACCAACCGUCUUGAAGGCUUGCAGACCAAGAACAUCUCUUUGCGCGACGAGGUCUUGGACCUGAAGAAGCAGCUGGGCGUAGCACAAGUCGCUCUGCUCAACCACACAAUUCCCGAGCGUGCCGAGCUCGAACAAAGCAAGGCCGAUACUCUGGCCGCCGUUGCCGAUAGAGACAAGGAGAUCAAGCGUACAAAGGCCACCGAAGAACAGCUAGACUACCUGCGCGACCAAUACCAGUCUCGCUCCAACGAGAACACCUCCCUUGCAGCUGCCAACACCGAACAGGAGAGACGCAUCUCUGCACUCGAGAUCAGGGCAUCUGGCGAGCAAGCCAGACUUCGCACCAUCAACGUCGCGACUUACACAGACAAGGUCAUGGACGACAACAGGAGGCUCAAGAUCAUGCUCAGGGAAAGAGAAGGUACCAUACAACGCGUUACCGAGGAAAACGUUCGUCUUCGCGAGACUACUCGUGGACGUGUUGGUACUCGCGCCACUAGCAUUCCUCGCAGUCCUGCCCGUGCUAACGCCCGCGAAUCUCUCAGUCGUCAGGGUAGUCCCUCGAUUGACAAGCGUCCUCCUCAUCCUCUUAGCAAGAGUACUACCAAGGAGUAG